GUUGCUUACAGUCGUACAUACACAGACUCAAGCAAUCAUUCAUAGCUAAGUAGACCGCGAUGUCGUUAUAGUGUGUGUGUAUACAGUAUAGUCUAUGUCAUAUUUUAUAUUAUUCCCCCAAAUCACCCCUGCAAUGCAGUUGAGAGGUGGCAUUAUGACCUCUCUCUAUAACAACACGAUAACGAGGUAUUAUGACUUUAUCUUCACAGACUUGGCUGAUCCGCGGACCAACAAUUGGCCGCUCAUCAGCAGUCCGGUGCCGGGCUUGACGAUCAUGGGCACCUACCUCUACUUCGUGCUGUCCUGGGGUCCCAAGUACAUGGCACACAGGAAGCCUUACAGCCUCACCAAUAUACUCCUCGUCUACAACUUCCUCCAGGUCCUCAUCAGUGUCUGGCUAUUCUGGGAGGCUCUUGCAGCUGCAUGGUGGAACAAGUACAGUUGGAAAUGCGAGCCGGUGGACUGGUCCUGGACUCCAGAGGCCAUGAGAGUAGCUUGGGGCUUCUAUAUCUACUUCCUGGCAAAGCUGACAGAGCUGCUUGACACGGUAUUUUUCGUACUACGCAAGAAAGACAAACAAGUGACAUUCCUGCACAUGUACCACCACACCGUGAUGCCCAUGAUCUCCUGGGGUGCUACCAAAUACUACCCAGGCGGCCAUGGCAGCUUUAUUGGCAUGAUCAACUCCUUUGUCCACAUCAUCAUGUACACGUAUUACAUGUUGUCAGCGUUCGGACCCCGAUAUCAGCGCUACCUCUGGUGGAAGAAGUACAUCACCACUUUACAGUUGACCCAGUUCUGCUUGGCGUUCAUCCAUUCAUUCCAGCUUCUGAUCUACGACUGCGAGUAUCCCAGGUUCUCGCUGAUUCUCAUCCUUCCAAACGCCGUCUUCUUCUAUUACCUCUUCAAUGACUUUUACAACAAGGCAUAUCCACACAGAAGAUUACAACAACUCCAGAAACAACAACAACAAAAAGAACUUCUGAAAAGACAACAAGAACAGAAAGAAAAUAAGUCUGAGUGAUUGAGUACACAAUGUACAAAAGAAAAUAGUGCAAUAGUGCAACGGUGCUGUUUGUUGUGGACGUGUAGGUUUAACCUGCAUUACAACUUCCAGUGGCUUUGUAAAUUACUUUUUUAUAUUGAGUGGAAAUUGUACAUUUACGGAUAAGUUAUGAUAGAUUAUUAUUUAACAAAGAAUACUUGGAUAUUACCUGUAGCUUGUAUGUAUAUGUUGACCAUUUUGUAAGGAUGGUUGAAUUGGUGCUUUAAUUGUAAGCAGUUACAACGAAGGUGCCUAACAAUAUUUGUGGAUUUUUUCAUUUCAAAUAUCAUUUUACAUACCACAUUUUACCUACUAUCCAUCUCUAAACUCAACGAAAUGUUGAAAUAACACUUUACUGUAGCAGAAAUAUUAGUAAUAUUAAAAUAAAUAUAACAAAUUAUCAAUUUAAAGUUGAACUCUCUGCAGUAUCUUUGGAAAUCUCCAGAACUAAAUUAUAGAUUUUAUACAUUAAAUUAAUUGAGUCUUUAAUACAAACACAAAAUACCAAAUAUAAGAGAGUAGAUUGUUAUCAUAUAUAUUUUUGGGUUUGUUUUAGUUCAACAUUUACAUCUCUCAAACUGUUAUGUGAUGGCAUUGUAAUGUAUGGAAAGUUUCUGUCUCUCAUUAGAACCUAACCAAUUUAAAUAUGGGUUAUUUUAAAUAGGUUUCACCCAGUUCAAAAUAACUCCUAUUUUGCCCACAAUUCCAAAAAUAACAGUCUAUAUGUCAUGGU